AUGACUAGCUCAUUGGAAGCUCGACUUGACGCCUUGGAAAGGGAUAUCAGGAUAAACCGCGAUGAACGAGCGAUCGAAGAACUGAUGUCCCGCAUCCACUUCUUUGCCCUUGACGAGCCGGAUGUAUCCUUUGAAGUUGGUGACCGGGGCAUUUUCAAAGGCAAGGAUGCCAUUACGAGCCUUUUUGUCAGUCAGUAUGGCGCAGCUGUUCUAAAGGGCAACCUCCUAGUUCAAUUGGUCACGACAGGCUCCGUACAGGUUGCGGGAGAUGGAAAAACCGCGAAAGGCAUGUGGCGCUGCCUUCACCUGGAAAGUGUCAUGCCAGCGGAUGGUAAUGGAGAGCCGGAUCCUAUCUGGGCAAGCGGAGCCUAUGCAGUUGAUUUCAUCCGAAAAGGAACCGAGUGGAAGAUCUGGCACCUACAUUGGUUCCGCACGAUCAAGUGCUCACACUAUGAUGGAUGGGUCCGAGACAAGAAGUGGCAAUUUCCAGGUGCUCUGCCGAAUUCUCCUGAAAUUGGUGCUACUACCUAUCACAAUCCCUACACUCCAGACAGUGUGCAAGACUCCAUUCCACCUUGCCCGCUGCCGUAUGAAAAGUACGAUGGACAGGAAUGGAUGGUCACCGAUCAAGCUGAUCUUUGGAAAAAAUAUUCCCAGAGCAUUUAG